GGGCAAAAAGUUGCGGGCCGGAGCUUGACGUCGUUGAAGUUUCCGCCAGCCAAUCAGAGUCGAGUCAGCGUUCCUGGCUCAGAUACUUGGAAAUAAUCACGUGAUGCAGAGGGCGUGUGAUGUAUCAUAAACCUCAAACCAAUUGCCGGGAGACCGGUUUCUCUUUCUUGCCAACAACCACCGGCGAAAAGACUCAUCAGCAACAUUCUCACCGGUAUAACGUGCUUGGGAUAAGGCAGUUAUUUGGCUCUGAAGCCGGAUGCUGUCGCCUCUGUAACGGCUGCAAUACACACACCAUAGGUAAAGUUGAGGGUUUGUCGCCACCUCGCCAGACGUGAUUUGCGAUAGUAUGCCUCCAAAAAGGAAGGCAGCUGGCAGUGGUAAUUCAGGACGGGCUUCCAAACGAUCCACUCCGGUCCCGGUUUCUGCUCCCCAGAGUGUCCUGAGCAGCGAUGAAUACUCAGACUCAGGGGCUGCAGACGACAGUGAAUAUGACGGUGAUAGCUUAAAACAGGUGGUCGAGAAGUUUUCUCUUCAGGCGUUCAGCCAAAAGAAGAAAGCGGACGUCCAGCGACAAGAUCCACAUUUUGGUUAUAAGGAUUUCUCGUCCUUGCCUUUGAAGCCCGACCAUGCAAACCGACCACUAUGGAUCGAGCCAUUGAAGGGUACCAUUACCCUGGAAAGCUUCUCGCCCCUGGCAUCCCAGGCGCAGGAUUUCCUUACGACGAUAGCUGAGCCUCUAUCGAGGCCUACGCAUCUACACGAGUAUCGAUUAACGGGGAACAGCCUGUACGCUGCAGUAUCGGUGGGCUUACUACCUGGGGAUAUCAUUAACUUCCUAGAUCGUCUGUCGAAAACGCCGCUACCGGAAGCGAUCAAGUCCUUCAUCAUUAAUUUUACCAAAUCGUAUGGAAAGAUUAAGGUCGUUUUGAAAUACAAUAGAUUUUUUGUGGAGAGCUCGGAUCCAGCCACUUUGCAGAUGCUGCUUCAAGAUGAAGUUAUUGGGCCGCAGAGAUUGCAAAAUUCGGAGGGCAUAAUACAGCAGGCCGCUCCCAAAAUGGCAGGGUUGGUUAUUCCCGGAACUAAGGAUGCUGCUGGGGUGAAACAAAACCCAGACCAGAAACAAAUGGAGGGAGAAACAAAUGGACGGCCAAAGGAGGAUGACCUCUUGGUUGAUUUGAGGGAAGAGGAUGAUGACGACGACCCAGCUCAGGUUCACAGCUUCGAGAUCCCAAAUACUGCCGUGGAAGCGGUAAAGGCUCGGUGCCAAAGUAUGGGCUGUCCAGCCCUCGAGGAAUAUGAUUUCAGAAAUGAUGAAAUCAACCCUACUCUAGACAUCGACUUGAAGCCUAAUGCGCAAAUCCGAAGUUACCAGGAGAAAAGUUUGAGUAAAAUGUUUGGCAACGGACGAGCUAAGAGCGGGAUCAUCGUGCUACCCUGUGGUGCAGGAAAAACUCUAGUCGGUAUAACGGCUGCUUGUACCAUCAAGAAAGGGACUAUCAUCCUCUGCACUAGCUCAAUGUCUGUUGUUCAGUGGAGGAACGAAUUCCUCCGGUGGUCUAAUAUUGACCCCAGUGAUAUUGCCGUUUUCACGUCUGACAACAAGGAAAAAUUCCGGAGAAAUACUGGAAUUAUUGUGUCCACGUACUCCAUGGUGUCCCAAACAAGGGCUCGUUCCCAUGAUGCGGAGAAAAUGAUGGACUGGAUGCAAUCUAGAGAAUGGGGUUUGAUGAUCUUAGAUGAGGUCCACGUCGUCCCAGCAUCGAUGUUCCGGAAAGUCACUUCGGCCAUUGCUACUCAGACGAAACUUGGACUCACUGCGACGCUACUGCGUGAGGAUGACAAGAUCAAGGACUUAAAUUUCUUGAUUGGGCCCAAGCUGUAUGAAGCAAACUGGAUGGAGUUGGCUGAACAGGGGCACAUUGCCAAAGUUCAAUGUGCCGAGGUAUGGUGCCCCAUGACAACAGAGUUCUAUACAGAAUAUAUGCGUGAGAAAUCCAGAAAGGCAGCUUUGCUCUACAUCAUGAAUCCCAGGAAGUUCCAGGCGUGCCAGUUCUUGAUCGAUUACCACGAAAAGCGUGGAGACAAAGUCAUUGUUUUCUCUGACAACGUUUACGCUCUCGAACGAUAUGCUCUGAAAUUGAACAAGGCCUACAUCUACGGUGGAACGCCUCAAAACGAACGACUACGGAUUCUAGAGAACUUCCAGCAUAACGAGCAAGUUAAUACAAUCUUCCUGUCCAAGAUUGGCGAUACCUCUCUAGAUCUGCCUGAAGCGACUUGCUUGAUACAGAUCUCGUCGCAUUAUGGCUCUCGUCGUCAGGAGGCACAGCGUCUCGGACGUAUCCUACGAGCAAAACGAAGGAACGACGAAGGAUUCAAUGCUUUCUUCUACUCGCUUGUGUCAAAAGACACAGAUGAGAUGUUUUAUUCCUCCAAACGGCAAGCUUUCUUAGUUGACCAGGGAUACGCGUUCAAGGUGAUCACGCACCUUGAAGGGAUUGAAAACCUUGAAGGACUCGCAUAUGCCACCCCAGCGGAACGUCGUGAACUUCUACAGGAAGUGAUGCUGCAGAAUGAGACAUCCGCAGCUGUGGAAGAAGUCGUGGACGAUCUUUUCAGCGAGCGCUCAGGAGGGCCGAAAGCGCGAGGCGCAGCAAAGAAAGCGGCGGUGAAACGCAGCGCGGCGACCUUGAGCGGCCUUGCUGGAGGUGAGGACAUGGCGUAUAUCGAACAUAAUAAGAGUAGGAAUAAACAGCUGAGGGAGAAGGCCGGACAGCACCCCCUAUUCAAGAAGAUUGAGAGAGAUCGCUUGAAAAGAAGGAAAGCACUUGGUCUGGAUAAAAAGUAGACUGGAAAUGCGUUUACUUUAUUCUUUAAUCGUCCGUUGGACGUAUGAGAUUUUGGGUAUUUAAGAUAACUGUUUAUUUUAUUUUAUAUUUUCUGUGAUUCCCAUUGGCUCUGGUCUACUUGGACGAUGAAUUGGAUGCUAGGGGAAUUGAUCUGACGGAUAUAAGAUGUGUCGCCUGGGUUUAUCUCGCCUUCUUGUGGCAUGUACUAAUAGAGUCAAUAGAAUGAAGUCAUCAUUUAUUUAUUUCCUGUGUUUUUGAUCAUACCUCCCACUUACGCGUAAACCGCUAUGACAUCAGAUAUACGGAAAUCUCAAUGGGAUUAAAUAUUCAUAUAUUGGGAGAGGAUGCUCAGUAUACCAUACCCAGCUUCACACAUCGAAC